AUGGCAAAGAACAUCGACCCUUUCGAACAACUUACGACCCGAAUCGGACGUCUGCGAAUGAGAAGAUGUGGUCCAACAGCAGCCUACGGAGAAGAAGAAGUCGAAGCUUUCUAUAUGGACCUGGAGAAGUUCUACCGAGAAGAUCAUGCCUUCUACAAGGUUAUAAUCGGCGAUUUCAACACCAAAGUUGGCCCAAGAAGAACGCCGGAGGAACUUCACAUUGUCUCCCUGACGGACUUCGCUGUUGUACCAAAGUUCUAUACGGGAUCGGACCAUCGCCUCUUCCGAGGAAGAUUUUCCUUUGCAAGGAGAACAGAGAAAGCUGCCAAGUUCAGAGAGAGAAAUCCCAGGACUAUCAUCAACUGGAAUAUCUUCGCUACGCUAGCCGGAUUUUGGGAAGAUUCCGCAAUGGACAACAUCGACGAGGAAUAUGACUGGCUCGUUGAACACCUUCACGACUGCGCGAAGAAGGCUGAGAGUUUUAAAACCACCAAGAGACGUCUGUCUCUUGAAACUCUUGAGCUGAUACGCCAACGUGGAGCAGCACGAACCGCAGGGAACCAAGAGCUCACGUUCGUGCUCGCAAGGCCUUACAGAGAGGCGAUAAAGGAAGACCUUAAAGAGAGAAGAGCAGAAGUGCUGGCUGAAGCUGCAGAGGCGGAGAAAAGCAUCCGCUAUGCCCGUCGAGACUUCGCCAGUCGCAAGACGAGGAUGACUACUCUCCGCAACUCGAAGGGAUCAACCAUUGCAUCGAGAAGGGGGAUGGAGAAAAUCAUCUACGACUUCUACUCUCAUUUGUUCGACAGCCAUGUCCCUGUCGGAAUGCAAGGUUCCUAUACAGUGGAAGACCAGCAAGACCGUGUUGCUGUAUAA